UGUUCGGUAUCAUCCACAGUGUGUACGCUGACGCGCGACGACGACACGGACGGCGGCGACGUCCACAGAUGUGCGCGUGUGUAUUAUUGUGCUCUUUAGUGUCAAUCACUCCGUGAGGCUAGGCUCUACAUCUACUGGAGCGGUGAAAAGAAGGGGGGCUUUUGUUUUGUCGGAAGUUGUGUGACAACCACAAUGGCGAGCUGACCAUUGUUUAAGGCUGACAAUGGAAGUGGAAGUGAUUGAUGAAGAGGCUCGAUCAACGGGAUGUUAAGAAGGCUAAUCUCUGCAGUAUUGGCGUGCCUGGAAUCCAUGUUUGGAUUGUUUUGUAUGACCCGCUGAACCUCGGGAACGGUAGUGCAUUGACAGUUCAAGUGACAAACAGUACAAAAAGUCGCCGAGCACGUCCCGAUUGCGCAGUUUUGUAUGAAAAUUGACAGCUACGUCUGAAACGCGAGUUCUACCACCAAAAAUUUCGGUACAACGACGACGACGACGUGACCUGCAGCUGUGUGCGUGUGUGUUUGUGCACCACAACACACCAACCAGAAAGCAGUGUGGAGGAGGAAGGAACGAAAAAGAGCAGAGAAAACGAACCUCUUUCAAGUUCGUGUGUAACGUGGAACGAACGAGCGCGGGUAUUGACGAGGAGGCAACACAAACAAAAAGUUGUAAAAAUUUCUCUGAAUUAAUAACAGAGAGGAACCACGGCGCGGAGUUUCGUGCGGAGAAGCGGUCGGAAGAAUAAUAUUUGUCGGUUUGGCCUUUUUUGUCGGGAUUCGUCGUCGUGUUGGAUAAGAAAAGGGAGCCGAAAAUAUUUCCCUUUUAUGUUGCUCGCCACGAACAGCACUGCCAGAUAGUAAGCAGCUCCAAAAACGGAGUUGUUAUUGAAGUUUUGAGCGCGCCAGCUCAAAAUUUCGGCGUGAAACCCCUAAAAAAUUAGAACCAAGAAUGGAGCGAAAUAAAUAAUGAAAUAAAAACUUCAGCACGCACCAACAGCCAGAAUCUAUCAAAAAGGGGAAAUUCCCGGAAAAAAACCCCGAAGAAAUCAAAUCUCCAAAUGUUUUGAUGCGCGAAAAAAAAGUCGGUGAAAACGCGCGCGCCCCCCCUCUCAUCGAUGAAAAUGGGGAGGAAAAUUAGUGAAAAAAGAAAGAUGAAGCCAGCGACGAUCAUCCGUUAGAAGGAAAGGAAGGAAAGAAGGAAGAAGAAGUGUGAGCAAGUGUGUUAUUUUCGGGGGUGGAAAAGAAAAAAAAAGAUAAGAGCAAAGGUGUGAAAAAUCGUGCGUGAGAGAGGGAGAGAGAAAGAGUUUUCCUGCGGGGUAAAGUUUGGAGUAGCGCACUGAUAACAGCAGCAGCAGCCGAGUAUUGGCACGAAGAAGAGAAAAGGAGAACGGAACGAGAUAACGCAAAGAAGCGCGGAAAGCAGAGCAGAAACAUGGCUGGAAAUAUUGUUAAAUGGUGGAAGCACAAGAUUCUUGGCGGAUACAAACAGUUUACAGUGCUCCAGGAAUGCGCCACCGACUCGGAGGAGCUUAUCUACCCGGUGCGGGCGCCGUCCGCCUGUAGUGCCCCGCCGGAUCUGCUGCUGACCAGCGACCGGGAGCAGAUGAUGAAAGUGAAGGGAGGUUCCAAGCACCACCACCACAACCACCAUCACCAGCAGCAGCAGCAGACGCAAUCGUCACAUCAUCAAUCAUCACAGCAGCAGCAGCAGCAGCAAAAUCUUGGCCAUCAUCACCACAAGUCGUCCUUGGCGGGGGGCGGAGGUGGUGGUGGUGGCCCCCAACAGCACCACGCGAAGGAUCAGCAGUUCCGGAAGUGUUCCGGCGGCAACGGGAAGACGGCGACGGUCAAGAGCGAUCCCGACCGGGUGCGGUUGGAGGAGUUCACCUGCGACGUGUCGCUGGAGGACGGCAAGAAGCCCCAGCCGCUGCAGUUUUCGUUCACGCUGUACGACCUGGACGGUCACGGCAAAAUCACCAAAGAUGACAUCGCUGGCAUUGUGUCCACGAUCUACGAGUCCAUAGGCAAAUCGGUAGUAGUUCCUCAUUACGGCAGCAAGACGAUCAACGUGCGGCUGACCGUGUCCCCGGACGGCAAAAGCAAGUCGAACCCGGCGCCCACCAAGAAGGCCGUUAUAACGCCGCGACGACGCUACCGACCCCGGAAGCUGCUGUCGGACGACGAUGGCAGUGACACGUCGGAGAACUGCCCGCGGGUGGCGGCGAUGCGAGGUCGGGCGAACACGGUGGUAGCGAAUACCAGCGUGAGUAUCAACAACAACAACAACAACGUGAAGACGAAAGAGUCCAAGGGGGCUGGUGGUGGAGAGGAUGUGGUCGAUGGUCCCGCGACAGGACUCAGCAAGAGUUCCGAAGCGGUGGAGACCACGAUUCACAACAAUCUCAACGGAAAGAGCAAAAAUCUGAAGACCGAACACAUUUACGAAAGCAUCAGCAAUCUGAAGUGCUGCAACCUGCAGACAGCAGCCAAGAGCAAUCUCCAAAGCCCGGCCACGACGACUGCGCUGAACAACUCCGCCACCUCGACGACGCUUGUCUGCCAAGACUGCACGCUGGAACGUUACGUGAUGGACGAGACGCUUCCACUGGGGGCGACGUUGGUCAUUCCGGCUGCGACCUCCGCAGCGGUGGCCGCAACGGCAGCGGCCGUCAGUCGAGCGAAACGCAAGGUAGUUCGCAAGUCACGCUCCUCGCGGAAGGCCACCAAACUGGCGGAGGAGUUCAGCCGGCCACGGGUGCGCAGCCUGUCGGUUGGUAACGAGAACUGCUACGAGAACUUGAUCGUCGACAAGGAGGAGUGCUGGAAGAGUUCACUCUGCCGCCGGGAGCUGAUCGAGAUCAUCCGGGAUAGCAUGGUGAAGAACAGUCUCUGUUUUCAACCAAAUAGGAAACCCCUGGAAAAUUCACCAAAGCAUCGCCACCGGUCGCACACGAUAUCGGCCCGCGUCAGCGGCGAUCAACAGCAGCAGUGCAGCAUGAUCGGUGCCGACCAGACGCUGGUGGUUGCCGCCCACCACGAGACUAACCUGUGCGGUUACGAUUCCUAUCUGCACCAGACGAUCUGUGCGGCGGCCGCUUCGGCGAAGCAUGCAGCCCUGCAUGGCGGAGUUGUCGCCAACGGUGGGGUCUUCACGGCCCUGCCGGUCGCGACCGUAACGCCGAGCAGGAUUCUGCAGCAUCACGUCGCGCAUGCCAAGGCGAAGAGGAAGGAACAACGCCUUGCGGUCACCAACCGGACCCAUGGUCACCAGGUGAAACUCAGUACGGCGGUGCUCAACCAGCAGUACCCGAAUCUAUCGGCCGAGCAGAAGCUCACCCGAUCGAUCAACCAGGUUGAGAAGUGGCUCGACAACCGCAGCCCAAAGCUGGUCAACAAGCUGAAGCUGGCGGAAGAGAUGGCCGAACGAGGAGGUCCCCGGACGGCUGCCGCCCUCAAACUUAAGCGAUCCAAAAGCAAAGAGGAGAUCAUCCCGAGGACAGCCAAACUUGACAACGUGCUCGCCGCAGAUCUCCUGCUGGAAAACCUCAAAAUCACCGAAGACAUCGCCGAACUAAGCGUCGUCACCCCCAAGAAAGUCUUCAACAAAGAAUGCCUCAUCAGCUCGGCGACCAAGAAGAACAUCCGGACGCACCACACGACCAAAACGAUUUCCACCUCGACCGCACUGCCAACGGCCGAAAAGCCGUCCCCAGCCCUGGAGCAGAACCUGAUCCAGCUGCAGUACGCGUCCAUCCCGGUCAACGCCGACCCGAGCGAGUGCGAGAACCUGAUCCGCAUGUCCGACGCCGAGGAGGAUUUUCCCUUGCCCCAGCAGCAGCAGCAGCAGCAGCCGCCGCAAUCGUCCGCGAGCACUCCGACGCACCGCCACGCGGAUGGAACGGCGGGCUCGGUGCUGGGUGGCAACUCGGGAUCCUCGGCUUCGGCUGCUUCCACUACUGCGGUGCAUCGGUACGUGCACGAGCACAUCCACCACCACUAUCACCACUUUGAGAACGACCCGGACGAGUCCUGAGGGUUGGACGGUGGUGGGGGAGGAGGAGGCGGUGCGACGACGCCCUCGGCGGCCGGAAAUAGACGCUUGGAGCUUGAGUUGUUGGACUAGUGAGGGUUUUGUGGUUGUAUGAGGGGGGGUUAACGGGGUAUUGUGCGCUGGAAGGGGGGUUGAGGGAGAAUCAGUUUGAUAUCAAAGCAUCCCAAAGAAUUAUCUUUGUUGACUGUACUUCUUUGAAUUAUUUAGUUUUAAGGGCAUCUCCACUAUAAAGAGAGCAAAAUCAAAAAUUUUAGUUGCUAAAAUAACUUUGUUUUGCUUGCCACUGUAGAGAUACCCUUAUCAAGUCGGUCAUAAUUUUUGAUUUAAUUUACAAAAAAAAAUUGUUUUGUAUUUUCUUUCAAAUUUCUUAAUGCUUCUUUUAGACUUUCAAAUUUGAUUAAUGGCUAUCUUACAGGAUAAAUUGUUUGCUGAAAUGUAGUUAUUUUCAAAUUAUAUUUCCAUAUCAAAAUAAAGUAAAUUAAAAUCAUUCCAGCCAAAAUGUGUUCAAGGGUAUCUCCACCGUGUUGGUUUUAAAUUCAAUGUUAUGAACUUUUUGAAAUUCAAGCCUUCCACGGUAAACAUGCUCUCAUGAAGAUCGCGAUUAUUUUUAUUAAAUUUUUAUUUUCAAUAAAAUUUCUAGCAACUCCAUCAAUUUUUUUUACACAAUUUUUUUCGAAGAAAACAUUUUAUUUGGGAAUAAAUUGAAAUUAAAAGUAUGUUUUUGUUGCCUUAAGAAACAAUAAUAUUGGGUCAAUGGCAUAUUCAAGAGAUUGCUAAUUCAAAUAUUAAAGUUGUUCAAGUUAAUUUCUAGAAUUUUUUAAAGCUCCUAAAAUAAGCUAUGGGAUUCUAUAUGAUUAUAGGAUCUUUUCAAUUUAAACUCUAGAUUUUUUUCACUUUCCACGGUAGAGAUGCUCUCACCAAGUCGAGCGCGGAAUGAAUUUUUGAAUCGUUUUUUAGAUGUCUGGAUUAAAAUUAAUUUGUAUUUUGAUUUAUUUACACUCCAAAAUGGUAAAAUUUUACAAUUAAAUUUUGUAGCUUUGUCAAGAAUAAAAAAAGGGUUAAGGGCAUCACCUUGGAGGUGGCAAAUUUGGUUCAAAAUUCGCCUCUUCUUGUUUUAUUUUGUAUUUGCUUUUGUCUAUCGUAUAUCGUCUAGAAAAUUCAAUAAUUCUUGACACAUUUUUUUAAAAUUAUGUAAAAUAUUUUGGACAGGUUUAAUUUUAAUUGGGAGCAUUAGUACUGGUUAUCUGAAAUUCAUUUCUAAUUUUAUUUAAUCACCCCAGCGCAGCUAGUCUUUUUAGAGGAUUCUUGCCAAUGCUGAGGUGAUUACUCUUAACACCCUUCUUUUUAAUGGCCAGGCCUACUGCGACACGUUAACAGCAACGAUGAUUCGUUGAAAUGACCUCAUACCACAAACAACUAGCGCACAUUUCUACACUGAAACAAACUAAAAGCCAUUACUUUACACUGAUUAGUUGUUAACAAACAAACAAAAACGCGCGGUAAUUUAUCUGUUCAACUCCAAUCGAAUCAAGAUUGUGACGUUUGGGUGCGUUUGAUGCGUGCGAGUGUGCUUGCGUGUGUACAAUUUAGAACAAAAUUGAAGGAUUUGAACGACUAGCGAGUAAGACCACAAAAACACACACACACUAUCCAAAUUAUGUCGAACCGCGAUCGAAGAGUACUUAAGAAUCUCAACGCAACUUACCUAUACGCAACUGUUGUGAGAAUUAUUUUCGAUUCGCACAGCUACUAACAAAUUUAUCUCGUAUACGUAUGAAUUCGAAAAAAAAACCUAAACUCUUAAAGCUAAUUGAACCUGCUCCAAAGGUUACUCAAAUAUCCUAUUGCAUUGUGUAGCUGAUUUGAAAAACCAUCGCAAGAGAAAUAAGAAAAGAA